AUGAUUUUGCCUGAUAUUGAAGCAUUUAAAAACGCACAAGAGAGAAUUUCCGAGCUAUUAAAGCCUUUUGAUUCAAUGAAAUCAGUUGAUGGGUUUUUAAAGGAUGCGAAACUUAAUAAAGAUCCAAUCAAACGUUUUCUUGCAUAUCUACUUAAAUUGAACGUAAUUUCUCUUGACUCCGAUUCAAACUCGCUUCAGAUAAUCGAUAUGAUUCCAAACUACUUCCAAAUUUCGAAAGAAAUUUUCGGUGAAAAUUAUGAAACUCCGUUAGAGAAAAUUAAUAAAGCUGAUAAAUUCACAAUUGAAGGAGAUAUCAAAAGGUGUUAUAUUUUGCUAGUUAAUUAUUGCAAACAUUUUGGAAUUUCGGAUUUCAAACACUAUCCAGAAGGUAAAUUAAUACCAGAGCGUAUACUUGCAGCCAUUGCUAUUUUGCAUCCAGACCUCGCAUAUUUACAAGGAUAUGAUAGGUUUUUAUUGAUUUCAUACUCACUUUCAUUAAAAUUCUGCGAAAAAAUCGGAAUUGAAUCAAUAUAUGCCGAGGCCUUUGCUUACAAUCUUGCCCUAUCUCUAAUAACAAAUGCAGAUCUUAGAAAAAUUAUAGAAAAUCCAGGAACAUACGAAGGAUUUGACAUUCUUGAAGAUAAAGUACAAAAAUACUGUCCAAACACUUACAAAAUAUUGUCUAAAGGCAAUAUUCUUGCAUUCACUUAUUCAAUGAGAUGGAGAUUAUUGUUUUUCUCUGAUGAACAUGAAGUUAACGGAACUCUUCUAAUCUGGGACAAUAUGUUGCUUAGAAUGAGCGAUCUUGAAUACUAUUUUGGAUGCAUUGGUGCAGCACAUGUUCUUCAAGUUGAAAUCAAAGAUGAUUUCAGUGCUGUUGAAAAAAUUCAAAAAUUCAGAGACUGGGAUGUUGUUAAAAUUGUAAAUGAUGCAGAUCUAAUUGAAGAUGGAAAGGAUUUGCCGGCAUCCAACAAUGGAAGGAAAAUUGUCAUUGCUGUAUCUAUAUUGGCUCUUGCUGCAGCUUCAGUAUACGCAUAUUCAAAAGGUCGUAAUGUUGUUCAUAAAUUACCUAAAGUUUAA